CUUUAUCGUUUUCGACACUUGAAGCAGGUCGGCGAUGUGUUUUGCAGAGCAGAAUAAAAUAAUUCGACGUAUUACGAGUCGCCUGCCUUUGUCCGGGACCUUUUGACUUGAUUGUGUCGCCAUUUUGUUUAAUCGUGAACGAAUGUUGUUACGGCUUCAGAAGGUUGUGAUCACUCCGCGUUUUUCCGCCGCCCCCCUCGCAGCUCGCUGGGAGCAGUGGGGAAAACAAACAGGUCGAACGGAGGAAGAUUGGUAGCCGGUUAGAUGUGGAGGCUGUUUGGUAGCGAAUGGUUCGUGUUUAUGCCGUACGGUGCUAAUUCAAAGUUCUGCGGCUUGAGUCCCCUGCAUUCGGGACGCAGUUCGGAAGUUUUUGCCUCCCCCACCGAGUAUGUUGUCGCUUUCCAACAUUUUCGUAGAGGUUGUUGGAGCGCGUAGUCUACCCGCUGCGGUCUUGUGCCAUUCCCGACGUUUUGUUCACCGCCGGCCGUGUUUCGACGUUUAAUGAAUUAAAGUUCCUGCGGGGAGCGCUCUGACUACGGCGACACACUCGGCGGAGAUGCACACCAGGCGCCUGGUGAAGCGGUCGAUCCUUGGCAGCCGCGUUUAUGCGACGAGCCCGACUGGGGACGGUGCCCCGGUGACAGGAGUGGUUCAGGCUGUCAAGCAGGAAAACAGGGACGCGUCCGCCGCUGGACCCCGGCGCAGCGUGUACACCGUGCUCCUGCAGGACGGAAGCCUGAAGGAGUUCUCCGAGGAGGAGAUAGCCGCUGGAUCCAACCACACGGCGGCCAAAGGACCGCUCAAGUCCAGCCUGAAGCAGAGCUCCAGCAACGGGGUUUCAGAUGGUCACAAGUUGGAGAGCGGCUGCUGGAGCCCAGAGGCAGUGGAAGAGCAGAGGCCUGUGGACGGGAAGCGAGUUAGCCGGGAUCCCGACGCCCGAUCCGUGUCCCUCCUAGAGCAGAAACGCAAAGUGGUCUCGUCCAGCAUCGACGUCCCACAUGCCAGACGGUCAGAGGAGGAGGUGGACAUGGACAAAGUGACGGCCGCCAUGGUGCUGACGAGCCUCUCCACCAGCCCGCUGGUCAGGAGUCCGCCGGUCAAAGUCAGCGAGGGCCUGAGCGGUUCGUGGAAGGACAACGGCUCCGCUGGGCCCUUCACCCCGUCCAGCAACAGCUCCUCGGGAGGCUACUGGAGCUGGUCCGCGCCCAGCGACCAGUCCAAUCCGUCCACGCCUUCGCCGCCGCUCUCUGCCGACAGCUUCAAGCCCUUCCGUGUGCCAAGCGUGGGCGGCGUGGGGUCCAACCCGGCGGGGGCGGAGGACCCGAGUCUGGACGAGCAGGACGGCAGCAGUCUGCUGUUCGACGAGCCCAUCCCGCGCAAGCGCAAGAACUCCAUGAAGGUGAUGUUCAAGUGCCUGUGGAAGAAUUGUGGCAAGGUGCUGAGCACCACUGCAGGCAUCCAGAGACACAUCCGCACCAUCCACCUGGGGCGUAGCUGUGAUUCAGACUGCAGCGACGGCGAGGAGGAUUUCUACUACACAGAAAUCAAGCUCAACACGGAUUCCGUCGCCGACGGGCUGAGCAGCCUGUCGCCUGUGUCCUCCUCCGUCCUCUCUCCCCCACCGCCGCCCCCGUCGCCUCUGGCCCCUCUCAACCACCAGCCGGACUCCCACCGACUCGCCCACCCGUCCGACUCCAAGGAGCCCCACCCCGGCGGCACCACCCCGCUCAGCCGCUCCGCUCCGAGCGCCCUCUACCUCAUCCACACAGACCACGCCUAUCAGGCCACGGCUCCGGUGUCCAUCCCCUCCAGCAGCAGCAACUCGUCCUCCACUAGUUUCACUCCCACCAACAGCUUCAGCAUCUCCUGGCAGUCUCCUCCCGUCACUUUCACAGGAAACACGGUGUCUCCCACUAAAAGCCAGGGAUUUGGAGAGCAGCGAUCCCAGACCAUCGCCGUCCUUUCGUCCCCUCCCAGAGCGACCACUGCCCUCAGCCGGAAAGUGCGCGGCGAGGGGAAGAAGUGCCGUAAGGUGUACGGGAUGGAAAACCGCGACAUGUGGUGCACCGCCUGCCGCUGGAAGAAAGCCUGUCAGAGAUUCACCGACUGAUCCCAGCCGGCCCAUGCAACGCCUCAGCAGCAGGCGCCGUAGCUGUCGGCCAGAGAAACGUGGAGCGAGGGGGCUUCAUUCUGCAUGCACUCGGCCUUUCUGCAAACCCAGAAACGCAACUAUCCGUCAAACUCCGGCCCCUCUUCCACGUUAGCGAAUCCCUUCCAGCAGCGGAGGCAAAUGAAGGAUGGCAGAGCAGCUUUUCUUUUUGUUUUUUUGUUUUUUUUCCCCCCCUUCCUCCCCGGUUCUGUCCAGGAUUCCUAAAUCUGCCUCCACCAUUCCCGUCAUCCCCAGCGAAUGGGAAGCCCCAGUGCAGCUAAGCGGUGUAAAAAUAGAUCUUUUCAUGUCGGGUUCAGUGUUGCAUCUUUCUAGUUUUGUACAGCUCUGGUUUUAAAUGGAGAGUCUUGUCUAAGAAUCAAUUGAGGAAAAACAAACAACAAAAAAAAAAAGGACCAAAAAGUGUUUUUGUGUUAUGAUAAAAAGAUUCAAAAGAAGACUUUUACUUUUCUAUCCAAAAGAACAUUGGAGGAGAAUUUUUUUUUUUUGUUGUUCUUCCUUCAAUCCUUUCCCUCGUUUUGAUUCAUUUCUGGACGUUUUGAGGUCAUAUUCCAUCACCGGCGUCACAAUCAUUCCUGUUCCUUCAGCACUCCACGGGGAACGCAAGCGGAUUGGAUAAGAGGCGGAAACGAGAAGGAAGCGAGAGACGCGCGAGGUGAAUGAUCAAUGCAAACUCAAGUCAGGGAAAACAGACGGACCACAUCACACUUAAACAAACGACAACCUGCUUAUUCGAGUCAUUUCCUUCCUGUUGUUCAGGGAUGUGAUUCUCAAAGUGAAAGAACCAGCAGCUUAAACGUCGGGUUUAAGCUGCUGAGAUGGAGCUGCUGCUUCCAUCUCAGCAGCUUUUGAACUUUGUACCAAAACCUCCUUCCUCUGUCAUGUUGUUCAUGGGUUGUUUUAUUUUUUUAUUUUUUUUGGCUUUUGUUGCUGUGCCAUGUUUACUUCUUGUUUUAAGCAUGCUGCUCCUUCUCUCGUUUUAAUGGGAUCAAACUGAAGAUUUUUAAACAGAGCGCGUUCUAAAAACAACUCCCUGGCAGCUCUUCAAGUCGCGCCGUAAAAAAAGAGCAACAUGUUUUCACCGCAUGCAGAGAUAAGUAACCCUCUCCCUCCAGUGCAUUCUGCAGUUUUCCAAAGGGAACCGCUAAAACGGGAAACUUUGUUUACAAAAGGCUACAAAGGUGCAUCUUUAUUAUCUGUAAGCAAAAAGCUAGGAGGGCUGAAAACCAAAAGAAUUGCACUAAUUUAAAAGAAAAACUGAUUUAUACCACUAUGUAAAGUCAGUUUCUUAUUAAAAUGGUUUCUAUGAAUGAGAUGUGACAGCAAAAAAACAAAAAAAAAAAAAACGACAUUAAUACGCCAUUCUUGUCUUUUGUAGAAGCGAAGGGAAAAGUUGUAAGAGCUCUGGGUCAGUUCACCACUUUGCUAUCUUGUGCCAUAAUGUUUGUACCUGUGUUGGCAUUUCAUCCCCAUAAACAAACUGUUCAACUAUUUAUCAGAGGAAUUCAGUCAGUUAGGUAUUUUAAUGAAUAACAUGCAAUCAAUCUUAAAACAAAUGCUCAAAUGCUCGCAUUAAGUAAUUUAUCUUUGCCUUAUGAAAUAUAGCACUCCACUUCUAUUAGAAUAUUAAAAUAAUGAGAGGCGACGUCACACUGUGUGUGUGUGUGUGUGUGUGUGUGUAUGAGAGAGGAAGACGGCAGCAGCUCCAAAAUCUUUUAAAGUGAUCACUGCUGUAGUUCACAUGUCAAGAAUCAUCAGACAGAUAAACAAUACAGGAAAAAAAUCUUUUAUCAGUGAUGAUGAUGUAAUUUAAUUAUUUAAUCAAUUUUUACUCAGAAGUUAAAAUGUCCAAGUUUCAAGUUGGGGGGGAAAAGAUUGACAUAAAGGUCACCUUAAGGUUGGGAAAGCUGGAUGUGUUUAGCAACCCAGACCUCCAAGCUAAAUGUGGUUACUCUGCAUAUAAAACAUUGUGACAAUCAUAGUAAAAACAUUGUUUGUUUUUUUUACCUUUUAAGAGACAUCUUUGAUCACAAAGCACCAUGGAGCCUGCUUUAUAUUGUUAAAAACAUUGCUGUUAACUUGGUCACUCGGCAUUUCACUUAGCAAAUCCCGCUUGUUUUCUUUCCUGGAACAUUGAUCAAUUUUGAUAACAUUCCCAGAUCUGAGGUCUGCCUUCAGAACUGGUGCUGCAUAAAUAGCCAUCAGCACUUGUUAGUUACCCACUUUAGUUCUCUGGAAACUUCUCUGCACUUUCCUGAGACAGAAAAA